AUGGACGAAGUGGAAGCAUGCGCCCUGGCCAAGUCACGUGAAGAGCGCCGCACCGUAACGCACUUCCGUGGCGACCACAUUUACGAGGCUGGCAACAUCCGGUUCGGCGUGGAAUUCCGCGACAACAUCGGCGCGGCCAAUGACCGCGGCGUUGCCAUUCACGUGCUGACCGACCAUCUGGGCCAGGAGUUCGAGCUCCUCGCGUUUGACUGCUUCGAGAUCGCGCCCCACUACCACUACGGCCCGCGUAACCAGGACGUACGGAUCUAUUGGGACACGACCACGAGCGGUCACACUCUGGCCUGGACUAUCGACCAGUUCAAGGCAGGCAACCUGUCCACCAUGAUUGAGCGAGCCGGCUACCCAACCGUAGCACAGGGGCUCGACAACAAUCUGGUCCAGGCUGUCAUACCCUCUAUGGAAGAGAAGGCCUGGGCGCUGGUAGGCACCAACCAAAAGUAA